CCCUGCCUGCCCCUCCUUCCCUCACUGCUGUGGUGAACUCAGAGCAGCAGGACAAAGUGCCUGGGGCAAGGGCGGAGGUCUGAAGCAGCCAUGGGCUCCAAAGGAGCCAGCCUCCAUGGGGCCAGGGGCGCCUUGCUUCUCCUACUUCUGUGUGCUUCAGGAAGCCUGGCUCAGGAGUCCCCACCCCAGAUCUUAGUCCACCCCCAGGACCAGCUGCUUCAGGACUCUGGCUCUGCCAAGAUGAGCUGCAGAGCGUCAGGCCAGCCGCCACCCACCAUCCGCUGGCUGCUCAACGGGCAGCCCCUGAGCGUAGAUGUGGACCUGUACCACCUCUUCUCCGAUGGAACCCUCCUCCUGCUGCGGCCCCCAACGCAGGGACAAGCCCAUGAUGACCAGGCCCUCUCCACAAUCCUGGGCAUCUACACAUGUGAGGCCAGCAACCAGCUGGGCACGGCAGUCAGCAGAGGCGCUCGGCUCUCUGUGGCUGUCCUCCGGGAUGAUUUCCAGAUCCAGCCCCAAGACACAGUGGCCAUGGUGGGCGAGCAGGUGAUUCUGGAGUGUGGGCCUCCCUGGGGCUACCCAGAACCCACAGUCUCAUGGUGGAAAGACGGGAAACCCCUGGCACUCCAGCCAGGGCGGCACACGGUAUCCAGUGGCUCCCUGCUGGUGUCAAGAGCAAAGAAGAGUGACACAGGGAUCUAUAUGUGUGCGGCCACCAACAGUGCAGGACAACGGGAAAGCCGAGCAGCCAGGGUGUCUAUCCAGGAGUCCCAAGAGCACAAGGAGCCUGUGGAGCUUCUGGCCGUACGCAUUCAGCUAGAAAAUGUGACUCUGCUGAACUCAGACCAGCAGAAGGACCCCAAGCCUGGGCCAGCUGUGUGGCUCAGCUGGAAGGUGAGUGGCCCUGCUGCACCUGCUGCUCAGUCCUACACAGCCUUGUUCAGGGCCCAGACAGCCCAGGGAGGCCAGAGGGCUGCGUGGGCAGAGGCGCUGCUCGACGGCUGGCAGAGCGCAGAGCUGGGUGGACUCCGCUGGGGCCAAGCCUACGAGUUCAAAGUGAGACCAACCUCCGGCCGGGCUCGAGGCCCUGACAGCAACGUGUUGCUCCUGAGCCUGCCAGAGCAAGUACCCAGUGCCCCACCCCAGGAAGUGACCCUAAAGCAUGACAACAGCAGCAUCCUUGUGAGCUGGGUCCCUCCACCUGCUGAAAACCACAAUGGCAUCAUCCGCGGCUACCAGGUCUGGAGCCUGGGCAACAACUCAUCGCCUCCUGUCAACCGCACCGUCCUGGGUGUGCAGGCCCAGCUGGAGAUCGAUACCCAAACAUCAGGCUCCUACUGUGUCCAAGUGGCUGCAUUCACGGGGGCUGGGGCUGGGGAGCCCAGUAGCCCUGUUUGCCUACUUUUAGAGCGGGCCAUGGAACGAUCAGCCCAAGAACCCAGUGAUCAGGGUCCCUGGACCCUGGAGUGGCUGAGGGCCACCGUGCGGAGGCCAGAGGUCAUCGCCAGUGGAGGUGUCCUGCUCUGGCUACUGCUGCUGGGCAUCGCCGUGUGCUUCUACCGCAGACGUCAAGCCAGGAUGCACAUGGGCCCAGGUCUGUACAGAUACACCAGUGAGGACGCUAUCCUAAAGCACAGGAUGGACCACAGUGACUCCCCCUGGCUGGCAGACACCUGGCGAUCCACCUCUGGCUCUCGAGACUUGAGCAGUAACAGCAGCCUCAACAGCCGGCUGGGAGUAGACCCACUGGACUGCAGGCGCUCCUUGAUCUCCUGGGACCCCCGGAGCCCCGGGGUGCCCCUGCUUCCAGACACCAGCACUUUCUAUGGCUCCCUCAUCGCCGAGCUGCCCUCCAGCUCCCCAGCCCGGCCAAGCCCCCAGGCCUCAGCUGCCAGACGCCUCCCUGACCCUGUGGUGCGGACCUCCAGCCCCUGGCCCAGCUCAGACAGCCUCUGCAGCCGCAGGGGCCUUGCUUCACCCCGCUUGUCUCUGGCCCCUACGGAGGCCUGGAAGGUCAAGAAGAAGCAAGAACUACACCAAGCCAACAGCUCCCCACUGCUACGGGGCAGCCAACCCUUGGAGCUCUGGGCCUGGGAGUUGGGACACAAGAGCUGCAAGAACCCUUCUCAAAGCCCUGGCCCAGGCUCCUGUUUCCCAGCAGCUGCACCCGGGGCUCUGAUGGCCUGGCGGGCCCUGGGACCACAGCUCCUCCGUAAGUCCAGUGAGCUGGCGACUCGCCCUCUCCCUCCAGUGCCUCUCUGUCCUGGCGGAAGCCCCAGCCAGAGUCCACAGACCCAGCACUCAGAGGAACCCCAAGCUUCUUCCUCCCUGCCUGUCCUUCACCACUCUGGGCCCCCCAGCCCCCAGGCCUCGUCCCUAUCUGGUCCUAGCCCAGCUUCCAGCCGCCUGUCCAGCUCUUCACUGUCUUCCCUGGGGGAGGAUCAGGACAGUGUGCUGACCCCUGAGGAGGUAGCCUUGUGCCUGGAACUCAGUGAGGGCGAGGAGACCCCCAGGAACAGCAUCUCUCCUAUGCCCAGGGCGCCCUCACCCCCUACCACCUAUGGGUACAUCAGCAUCCCGACAGCCUCAGAGCUGGCAGAUGUGAGCAGGGGUGGAGGAGGGGUGUCCUCUGAAGGGGGGGGUCUGCUGUGCCCACCUCGGCCCUGCCCCACCCCCACCCCCAGUGAGGGCUCCCUGGCCAAUGGCUGGGGUUCAGCCUCUGAGGACAACGCCCCCAGUGCCAGGGCCAGCCUUGUCAGCUCUUCAGAUGGCUCUUUCCUCGCUGAUGCCCACUUUGCACGUGCCCUGGGCGUGGCCGCGGAGAGCCUUGGUUUUGGUCUGGAGCCCCGGGAGGUCGACUGCGUGUUCACUGAUGCCUCCUCACCUCCCUCCCCACGGGAUGACAUCUUCCUAAGGCCUGCCCUUUCCCUCCCUCUAUGGGAAUGGAGGCCAGAUUGGUUGGAGGACAUAGAGAUCAACCACACCCAGCAGCUGGGAAGGGGGCUGUCUUCUUGGACCCCUGACUCUGGCAUCUCUUCCCAGCGAAAUCGGCUCAAUUGUCCCAUGCCCAUGGCUGGUGAUUCCUCCUGACCUUCGUCCCUGAGAUAGACAAAAGGACAUCCGACUACCCCUCCUGUCUGCUCACAAGGCUGGCCUGUGCCUCCAGGAGGGUUCUCCUACCAAGAUUGCUCAAAAGAGAAAGAACAGAUGAAAGCCAGAACAAAGCAGAUCUGAGCACUCGCCAAGCAAAGCAUCACCUCCCUGUCUCUCCUCAGAGCCACCCCCAU